UGCUUUUUCCUCGCCCUAUCAUACUCCACAGUCUAGCAAGGGGAGAAAAGCCAUUCAAGAAGAGUGGGAGAGGUUCAACAAUGCACUGAUAGUUGUAUCAAGCUGAUAGAAAACAAAAACGGGAAAAUACUCUUCUUUAUACGGCGACUCUGACGAGCGAGCUGUGUAAAGUCGACUUGUGAGAGAAUUGCUGCGCGGUUCCAGCUGGCCAUCACAAGUUGCUUGGGAAAACGGUUAUCCAAAGGCUGCGCCGGGGAGGCGGAGAACAUUGCUGCUGGGGGAAAUACUUGCCUUUUUUCUUUGGCUGAGGAGGCCAGUUUCAGUGGAAACUUCAAAAACUAAUUUAAAAGAUGUCUCUUUCGGUACCCCAAAACGGACUGAAGGGAGAUAACGAGCCCGUUAUCGAACUCUUUGUGAAGGCGGGCAGCGAUGGCGAGAGCAUUGGCAACUGUCCGUUCUCCCAGCGCCUCUUCAUGAUCCUGUGGCUGAAGGGAGUGGUCUUCAACGUCACCACGGUGGACCUCAAGAGGAAACCAGCAGACCUGCAGAACCUGGCACCCGGCACCCACCCGCCCUUCAUCACCUUCAACGGGGAGGUCAAGACGGACGUCAACAAGAUCGAGGAGUUCCUGGAAGAUGUCCUCAGCCCCCCCAAGUAUGCCAAACUGGGUGCCCGCCAUCCUGAGUCCAACACAGCAGGCAUGGACAUCUUUGCCAAAUUUUCAGCCUUCAUCAAAAACUCCAAACCUGAUGCCAAUGAAGGUCUUGAGCGCGGCCUGUUGAAGACGUUGCAGAAGCUGGACGAGUACCUGCGCUCUCCGCUGCCCGACGAGAUCGACCACAACAGCAUGGAGGACGUCAAGGUGUCCAGCCGCAAGUUCCUGGACGGAGACGACAUGACCCUGGCCGACUGCAACCUCCUGCCCAAGCUCCACAUCGUUAAGGUUGUGGCCAAGAAGUACCGAGGCUUUGAGAUGCCCAAGGAGAUGACGGGCAUCUGGGGUUACCUGGGCAACGCCUACUCGCGCGAGGAGUUCACCAACACCUGCCCCAGCGACAAAGAAAUCGAGAUAGCCUACGGCGACGUGGCCAAGAGGCUGGUCAAAUAAGCCCCGUCCUCCUGCCUUACCUUCCCCUGCCCUCCCACUCACCCCACCCACAGCACUGGGACUGGUCAUUGAUUACACAAGAAAGAAAGAAAAAAAACUAUGGACUCCUUUUUUUUCUUCUGUCUCUAUUUAGAGCAAACCCAAUGCAUGAUUUAUUUUUCCUUUAUUUUUUUAUUAUUUUAUUUUAUUUACAUUUUUCUCCCUUUGCAACCCUUACGUUGUCAGCACCACUCUCUCUCUAUAUAUAUAUAUAUAUAUAUUUCUCCCUAAGGCUCUUGAUAUAUUGAUCUAUUUCACUGAUUGAGUUAUGUUCCUUUUUUAUUAUGAUGAUGUGGGAAGUAGUGAAAGGUAAGAAAAACAAAGUGUCGAGACAGGUGGGAAUGUAACCAGCUGUCAUGCAGCAGAGCUUUACGUAUACACUCGCCUUCAUCUGUAGCACUUCAGAAUGAAGUGACUUCCACGCUUCUCGAAAUGCCGACUCAUUCUAGAUGAGCUUAUGGCAGUUUAGGAGAUUUCUUUUUGUUUUGUUUUUGUUCUUCGAAGGCUUACAGAGUUUUAAAACACAAAAGUGAGGGGGAAAAAAUUAGAAGAAUUGAACGCUCUUUAUUUUUCAGCUGAGUAAGUUUAAACAGUGUUGUAAGCUCCAGUGUUUUUUUGCUGAAGGUUGUUUGCGAGCAGUGCAGUGGCUGUUUUUUGUGAAAUGUUAACGGUUUAGCAGUUUUUUACAGUUAGAAAGGACCGGAACAUACCUUUUAUGACCAAGGCCCCAUUCUCAGGUAGACUAAAACUGAAACGGAUAAGGUGACCUUGUGGUUAUUGUUUGUUUUUGUUUGUUCAUUUGUUUGUGUGCGAGUACUGUUUUACAGUGUCCACAGUCCUCUCUCCUCCCCCUAAGUCUUUUUGGAGUAUAAUUGGGGCUUACGUAAGCAGAAAUGAAGCAUGCCCAGUACACAUGUGCACAUGGUGACCUGACGCUAGGUCUGUAGCAUUCCAUUUCCACAUGUGGAAUCCGAGAAAAUCCGGCCAGAUUAACCGAAAUGAGAGAAUGGCAGGUUAUCAUGCAAGGAUCAUGCAGGUUAUCAUUGAAGAAACGCUAAUUGUAGUGUCUUGCACAUUUUCUGAUCAAUAUCUGAAAAUAACAUCUUGGUCUUUCAUUGGAUCAAAAAAAAGAUGAAGGGAAGUUAUUAGUUUGUUUUUGUAAUUGACGCAUGUGUUUAAUUUACAGUACUCUGCAGUUUAACUAAGGGGGGGUACUUGACUGAGCUGUGAUUCUAAUGUGGGCCAAUAAUUGGCUGAACGCGAUUAAAGAGUUGAUGCCUGUAACUCUUGCAUUUAAAAACAAGCAUUCAUACACUUACAUGGUGUACUCAAACUAGGAAUCUAGGAAUUGAAUGGAAUGUGACCACAAGACUCCAAUCUAAUGAUCAGACACUCAUUUCAUGCGAUAUGGCUCGAUAUAUCUUAUAGGAGACGAUGACAGAAUCUCAUGCAUAACAUUUUUUUACGUUUCACAUCUCUACAAAUACAGCAUACACUGGUCACUUUAAAUUAAUAUAUUUUUAAUAUUCACAUGAACUGUAGCCGUGAUGCAGCAACAGAAGGUUUUUUUUGUUUUUUUUUUGAGGUUCUUGAAUUUUAAUAUGUAGCUAGCCAUCAUUUUCAGAUCGUCAAGGGACUUUGUAAAUAUUUUCUUUCCACGGCUGACAUGUGAAAUGUAUAUGUUCACGUCUUCAAAGGCGAAGUUCCGUAGUCCUAUAUUACAUACAUCACAUGCUUAUUCCUUUGGCCUUCUGACAGUGUUUUGUCUUCACUUUCGUGUGACGAGAAAGCCAAGAAAAGUGCAAAAGUAGAAUUCGAGACAUAUCAUUGUAUGUGACCUAAAGUUUGGUGUGUAGUGUGGCAGUAACUUGUUGCCUUUCUAAUGACAGUAAUGACUGUAAACCAGCCCACUCCCUCACACACACACACAAGGAGUGCGUCUUAAUAUGCGACCUUGCCUCCUCCACUUGCCUCCUCCACUUGCUUCUCGUCAUGAUGACAUCACUGACAACAGCAUUAUAUUUCAAUAUCUUGCAAAAGCUCAAUUGUAGAGUCUUUUUCUCAUUUGCAAUUGGGAUGAUGAAUGAAAAACAGUCCCUCAAAAGUUGUUGUGGCUAGGCUGACAGCUGGGAAACUUUAUCGUUUUCUCCACGGAGGAGGGGCCAGGAGGCGGGACGAGGAGACAAGCGCAAGUGGAGGAGGCAAGGUCGCAUAUUAAGACGCACUCAAGCACUCCCCCCUCCAUUCUAACAUGCCCAGGGGGGAUUCCAAGAACGUGGUGCCGUAGCAAACCAGCUUAGUUUAACCUGGGGACUGUGGUAAAUCCCCUAAUAGAAGAGCCUCGAUUUCUCAUUUUAUUAACUGAAUUAAUUAAACCUGCAGGUGAUCUAUUAGUCGGUUUACCGCUUGUUGUCGCAUAACUUCUUCUCACUUGUUGUCAGGAAGCAUUUUUCAGGAAGCAUUAUAGUUGCUUUGACUACCCUUUGUUUGAUUCAAUGCAAUUUCCCCAUUGGCAACUACCCAAGUUGCUAAAUGGCUGGCAACAACGCUUUUGAGAAACACAACCCAGGUUUAUUGACUUAACCAUGUCCUUGGAAUGCCCCCCAGAUGUAGUGGAGUGGACAGAGGUUCACUAACAAGGAAAAACACUGAUGUGCCUUUGAUGACCUUCUGAGCACCUGGCUCGUCUGUGCUGGUCCCACGCGGUCAAGAAAGGGGAUCAGGUUCCUCCCCCACAACAACGACGACAAAAACAGCUUCUCACUCUCGACCAUUUGGAUGCUUUUUUGGUUUUCUGUUUUUUUCUUGGUUGUUAUUUUUUAUUACAUUUUGCACCAGGGUCUUGUCAUACAUCUGUCAGUAUGGCCUGAGUCCUGUGGUGCAUUGAUCAUGAAAGCUCUGCAUGUUUGCCACCAAGCUCUCAUCAAUAAACUGCUGGCAGCUAGUA